AUGAUUUCCGAUAAACCACCGAGGGGCGUUCCCGGCUCGCGUUGCCGCACGGGCGGCGGGCCGUGCGCCGGCGCCAGUGCACAUGCCGCCAUGCUACUGCUCGUGUGCCUGCUCGCUGCCGCGGCGCCGGCGCGCUCCGCCGACUGCGUCAUCGACAACAUCACUCCCGACCUGUCUUGGGAAGCUACGCUUUUCAAAGACUUGAAAACGAAAUGCGCUUACACACGAAAUGAAGCUCCUAGCUCCGAAAACGCCACUGUCGUUACGAUGCAUUUCAUACUGAAGAACUUUUUCUUUGACGCCGGUGAAGAAUCGUUAAGCAUUUACUCAUGGGCAUUUUUGGACUGGCUCGACCCGCGGUUGACUUGGAAUCCGAAGGACUACGGUGGCAUCGAUAGAUCGAAAGUUUUCGCCUCCGCCAUUUGGACUCCAGUGUUGAAACUGCAAAAUUCAAAAGACGCGUUUGAGAUCCCCUUCAUGGUGAACGGGUGUCAAGUCAGUAACGAAGGAAGGGUCAGGUGCGUGAUGAGGGUGUUGAAUGAGAUCGCCUGCACUACGAAACUGAGUAACUGGCCCUACGACACUCAAACUUGUCGGUUCGAGUUCAGUAAAAGAGACGCCCUCGAUAGUAAAUUUACCUUCACAUUCGGAAAUACAAGAGCCGUCAGAAUGUGGGGCGCGGAGUACGGGCCCGGUUGGAUUAUCACAGACUACAAGCAAGUCGAAAGCCACGCGAAGGCCGAGGCGCAGAUGUACUUCGAACUGACACUGGAGCGGCAGGCGGCCGGGCUGGGCGCCUUGGCCGUGGCGCCAGCGUUGGCGCUCAGCGCGCUCACGCUGGCGGUGCCCCUGCUGGCCGCGUGCGGCCCUUCGCGGGCUCCGCUCGCCGUGCUGAGCGAGCUCGGACACUUCACCGUCUUACAGAUCGUCAACUUUAGUAUUCCGCAACACAGUGGUGAUUCGCCAACUAUUUUAAAGUACCUGCAGUGCUCGCUUCUCAUAACCACUGUGUCGAUUAUUGUAACAUUCGUUCUAAAUCACCUGUCGAAGAAGUCGACUUCCCCGCCGGGGUGGGUGACGCACGUGAACACGCGCGCGCUGAGCUGGUGGCCGGGGCGCGCCGUGGGGCUGGGGGCGACGCGCGACUCUGUCACUGAGGCGGUGUCGAAGCGACACCAAAGCGAAUGGCUAGAUUUCGCCAACUUGUGCAACUGUUUUUUCUUCAUCGCUAUUGGAAUCACUUACUGUGUUUUGUACUUUGCAUAUAUUCCACAACCACCACCUUUUUUUUGA